AUGAGCAAAAAUUUAGGGACUCCAAUAAAAUUAGUUGUCAUAGGAGAUGGUACAGUUGGCAAAACCUGUGCACUUUUAACGUACUCUAAGAUUUAUACAUAAGUUACACUACUGGUAAAUUCCCAUCAGACUAUAUACCUACAAUUUUUGAAAAUUAUAGUGCAUUGAUCAAUAUUGAUGGUAAAAAGGUUAACUUAGGUCUGUGGGAUACUGCAGGUUAAGAAGACUUUAAACAAAUUCGUCCUUUGAGUUAUCCUAAUACAGAUGUAUUUCUUUUGUUUUUUGCAGUCAAUGAAUAAUCAUCAUAUAUAAAUGCCUAACAGAAAGUAAAUUAAUUUAAAUAAGCAUAUAAGUGGUAUCCUGAAUUGAGAACAGCUUUAAAUAAUGUUCCUAUAAUAAUCGUUGGAAGUAAAAUAGAUUUGAGAUAAAAUGAUGAAAAAUGUAUACAAAGAGAAUCUGUAUACAUAUUUAUUUUAAUUCAAGGCAAAAAAAAUGGCAGAUUAAUUGGGCUGCUUAUAUUUAGAAUGCUCAGCAAAAGAAAAAAUAGGGUUGAAUGAAUUAUUUGAAGAAGCUGUUAGAACUGCACUUAGAUCAAAGAAGCCGAGCAGAGCAUAAGAAGAAAAAAAAUAAAAUAAAGACAAAAGUUGUCAAUUAAUCUGAAUUUAUUAAUUUAUUAUUAAGAAUAAUAUAUGUG